AUGGAUCGAAGAAAUCCUAUGGCAUUAUCUGGGUCUACAUCUUACUAUACUCAGAGAGGAAUAGUUGUCCCUGGUUCUGGAGGACAGCCUGAGCUUCAUGGAUCACCAGGCAUUCAUCAAUUGUCGAAUCCAAACGCGUCGUAUCAGUCCAAUAUGAAGUCAACUAUUCAUUUACUUUAUCUUGAUAAUAAAUCUGAUAGGGUCUUGGAGGAAGCAUCUAAUAAAGCUUUCAAAAUUAGACAGCAAAAAACGACUGCUGAAAAUUUGCCAGGGGCCAAGAGCUCUGUCAGCAGGGCUGUUGAAGACAUUGACUGGGAUUCUUUUACUGUCAAGGGGACAUGCCAGGAAAUUGAGAAACGUUAUUUGUGGCUUACUUCUGCCCCUGAUCCAGCUACUGUAAGACCGGAAGAAGUACUAGAAAAAGCUCUGCUUAUGGUUCAAAAUUCUCAAAAGAAUUACCUCUACAAGUGUGAUCAGUUGAAGUCCAUUCAUCAAGAUUUAACUGUGCAAAGAAUUCAAAAUCAGCUAACAGUAAAUGUUUAUGAAACUCAUGCUCGGUUAGCAUUGGAGGUUGGGGACCUACCAGAGUAUAAUCAGUGCCAAUCUCAGCUGCAAUCCCUUUAUUCUGAAGGAAUUGAGGGAUGCCACAUGGAGUUUGCUGCAUACAACUUACUAUGUGUUAUCCUACUCUCUAGUAACAACAGAGAUCUUGUAUCAUCUAUGUCGAGGUUAUCAAGUGAAGCUAAAAGAGAUAAUGCAGUAAGGCAUGCUCUUGCAGUUCGGGCAGCUUUUAAGGCAGUGUGCUGCAUAUCUCGAUCUUAUCGGCCGACGUUACCUGUUUCUUAUAUCGCUCAGGUUCUGAGCAUCUCUAGUGUUGCUUCUGACAAUGAUGAAAAAGAUUUAGAUGGAUUGGAGGAAUGUAUUGAGUGGUUGAAGGCACAUGGCGCAUGUCUUAUUACAGAUAACAAUGGAGAGAUGCAGCUUGAUGCCAAGAUAGGCACAGCUAAAUACGUGGAUAUUUGA